CCGGACAAAAAACGGAAGGAAAACUGGACAAAGGGGGAGGUGGAGGCGUUGUUGACUGGUUACAUCAAUAACCACAGCGAAAUAGAAAGUAGAUUUUCUAUUAAAGUGACGGCCCAAGUUAAGGAGGCUUGUUGGCAGGAUAUUUUGGAGAGUGUUAACAGCCAGAGUUCCUGUACCAGAACCAUAAAUGAACUUAAAAAAAAAUGGUCCGACCUUAAAAUGGCUAUUAAAAAAAAGGAGAGAGAACGUCGGCUGUUUGCCAGUAAGACUGGAGGAGGGCCACCUCCAGCUAAUCCAGACAGUUUGGAAGAAAAGGUUCUACAGUUGAUUGGAGAGAGUACAGUUGCUGGUAUUUCGGGUGUAGAUACCUUCAGGGAAAACUUGUCUUCUUCUAUCAGCAACAUGAGCAAUGUGCAAGAGGCUUCUUGUACAAAUGAUGGAGAUGCUGAUGCUUCAAGUAGUGGUAAUUUGGCAGAAUCAGCACCAUCUGCUACACUUGUUAAUACAAGUAACUCUGUAAGUCUAAUUAUAUGUUUCCAUAUGUUCAAGCAUAAUAUUUUCUAUGAACAUGUAUCAUAAUAUUCAUGUGGAGUAAAAUGUCUGUGUCCCAUUUAUGAAAACUAGACAAUAUUAUCUGUUAUGCUAAUUGCACAU